AUGGCAAACCGUGGUGCGACAUGGGACCCCAAGGUUCAUACCAUCCGCGACCUGAUGGAACUGGGAAGCAAGAAGCUUCCAAAGAUGUACAGAGACUACUACAACGAGGGAGCGAUGGAUCUUGUAACUUUGCAAGAUAACGAGGAAGCCUAUAACCGCUACAAGAUCCUGCCACGAAUUCUUGUCAAUGUUGACAACAUCGAUCUCUCUACCACGAUCUUCGGCGCCAAGGUCUCUUUUCCCCUUGGCUUCAGCCCCGCGGCCAUGCACAAGCUGGCACACCCCGACGGCGAGAUCGCGACAUCCCGUGCCGCUGCGAAAAUGAACAUCUGCAUGGCCCUUUCCUCAUAUGCGACCGAAUCUCUCGAGAAUGUGGCCGCGCAAGGGCUGGGGAACCCCUAUGUCAUGCAGCUGUGUGUGCUCAGAGAUCGCCAGACAACUAUCCAGAUGCUUCAGAGAGCCGAAGCCGCUGGAUACAAGGCCAUCUUUCUGUCUGUUGAUACGCCAUUGCUAGGUCGCCGCUUGAACGAGUACAGGAAUAACUUCACCUUGCCAGACGGUGUGGAGUGGCCGAAUUUGCUAUCUGAUGGAAAGAGCGAGCUUAGCGGUGAAAUUAGAGAUGGAAAGGCUGUGAGCAAGCAUGACUUCGACCCUUCACUUGACUGGGACAGUGCGAUCCCGUGGCUGAAGCAGCAUACCAAGCUCCAGAUUUGGCUCAAGGGGGUAUAUAACCCGGACGAUGUUGCGAUGGCGAUCCGAUUCGGAAUCGAUGGUAUCGUCAUUUCGAACCACGGUGGUCGACAACUGGACGGAGUCCCCGCCACGCUUGAUGCUUUGAGAAUCUGUGCGCCUGUGGCAGCCGGCAAGAUUCCCAUUGCCGUUGACGGCGGAAUUCGACGCGGCACCGAUAUCUUCAAGGCGCUCGCUCUCGGAGCGUCUCACUGUUUUGUGGGACGAAUCCCCAUUUGGGGCCUGGCGUACAACGGACAGGAAGGCUGUGAACUAGCACUCAAGAUUCUCAUGUACGAGCUGAAGAUUGCUAUGGCACUCGCGGGAACCCGGACGGUGGACGAAAUAUCAAGGGGGCAUGUGGCGUACCUCAAUGCGAACGGAGUUCUUGCAAAGCUGUAG